AUGGAUAUCCAGAAUGCUUUUAAAAUUCCUGAGGAAUGUGAGUCGCUUGUUCUGAAGUCUGCUGGAACAAAGUGGAGACAAUUCAAAUCUGAAUUGACUACUGAUUAUGUCAUUCCAUUCAAGGGAGACAAGAAGAAACUGCGGAAGCCUCCAAAAAAGUACGGAUUUGUUGGUAAAGAUGUUUGGAAGAGAUUUGUUGCUGAAAGGACGAGUGAUAAGUGGAUGAAACUUCGUGCAAAACAGAGCAAAAUAGUAGAGCAACGGAAGUAUCCACAUCGGCUGUCCAGGAAAGGCUACAUUGGUUUAGAAGAAGAAGAAGUGAAGGCGGGAAGGUUGAAGCCUGGAGAGAAACCCGAUCGAGCGAUUCUCUGGAAGAAGGCACGUCAAACAGCGGAGGGUAUGGUAGUUGAUACCGGGUUGAGUGAUGUUCUUAAAAAAAUUGAUAACUUACUAGAGAUGAAGAAAAAAGGUGAAUUUCAGCCGUCUGGAAGUGAUGACGUAUUAACUAGAGCACUCGAGACUCCCGAGCAUUCAGGCAGGGUUCGAGGAAUUGGAAGUUAUAUCACCCCAAAACUAUGGUUUGAUUUGCCAAAAGAAAAAAAAAGAAGAAUUACCAAGAGUGAGCUGGAAGAUCGUGAUCGUAUAAGGGAUGAGGAAAUGGAGAGAACAAGAUAG